AUGAACUCGGUUCUUCUACGACGCGCUCUGCUAUUACCAAGGUGAGUUUCUUGUUUUGCGAUUAGUUUUUAUAUCAAUUUAGGUAUAAAGGUGUUGCCGCACUGCAUACCGACAAAAAGGUCAUGAAAGGCGCACAAAGUCAGCUGAAGGAGUGUGAUUCGAUUCAAGCUGCCUAUCUUCUGAAUGAUCAGUGCAUACUGGUCGAUGAAUAUGAUAAUCCAAUUGGUCAUGCCUCCAAAGGAGACUGCCAUCAUGUCUCAACCGCCGCCUUACAUCGGGCAUUUAGUGUGUUUUUGUUCACUCCAGACCAGAAACUGAUUCUACAAAAAAGAUCCGCAUCGAAGGUCACGUUUCCAUCCGUGUGGACCAACAGUUGUUGCAGUCAUCCAUUGUUUGUGGAAGAUGAGAUGGACACCUCGAAUAACUCGAUUGGAGUACGUCGGGCUGCUCAGAGAAAGUUGGAGCAUGAAAUGGGCAUUCAGGGGUUAGAAUUGGACAGAAUGAAUGUUAUGGGAAGGUAGGAUUUUUGACUUUUCUUUUUGUUGUUUUAGGUAAUGAUGUCGAUGGAAGGAAUAGGGUAGAGAAAGUUUGAAAAUGACUUCAAUGGUCUACUUUUCCAUGGAAUAGAUAUAAUUUGAGCUGAUUGUUCUAUUUAAAGGACAUUCGAUCCAAAUUCGCGUUUGCUUUAUCUGUUUUUGUCUCGAUUCUUGUUUAAGGCAUGGUUAAUAUAAAACUGGUCAGAAUUAUAAGCCCAGUGAGAUGUAAAGUGCCAAAAAAAGUGUUUUCGUAUAGAAAGUAGUCUAAUUUUCUAAUUUCUAUUAACAAAUUUUGGAAUAUUACGGUAUUAACCAUGUUAUUUUAGGUUCUUGUACAAAGCGUCAUCAGAUUCCGAAUGGCUGGAACACGAGCUCGAUUACGCGCUGGUUGUAACGAACUUCGACCCCGCCCUCAUCCAUCCAAAUCCCGAAGAAGUAGCCGAUUUCAUGCUGGUCGACCCACAGAAACUGGACUCCAUGAUUAAAAGUAUGUAUCAUCACUAAAUUAAUUUGAUUUUCUCUUUAGCAAAACGGUUUUCCCCCUGGUUUGCCCUCUUCAACCAGUUCAAUUGGCUCAACUCUUGGUGGCAGAACCUCGGAGACCUCGACAAACUCCGCGACAUGGACAAAAUUCAUCGACUAAAUUAA